GGGGACGCGCAGGGCGGCAGUCAGCGCCGCGCCGCGCCCGUGUCGCCGGCGUCGUCUCCACGACCCUUUACGUAACGAUGUUUGAGGUCGCGAGCUGAUGGCCGCGUUCGUGUGGUGGCUGGCGGCCUGCUGCCUGCUUCGCGCCGCCACCGCUGGCAACCCCGACGCUAAACGUCUCUACGACGAUCUUCUCUCUAACUACAACAAACUCGUUCGCCCGGUCGUCAACACCACCGACGUUCUACGCGUCUGCAUCAAACUUAAACUCAGUCAACUCAUCGAUGUCAAUUUGAAGAACCAAAUAAUGACCACCAAUCUGUGGGUAGAGCAGUCCUGGUAUGACUACAAGCUGCGCUGGGAGCCUAAGGAGUACGGGGGCGUCCACAUGCUUCACGUACCCUCCGAUCACAUUUGGAGACCAGACAUCGUCCUUUACAACAAUGCUGACGGCAACUUCGAAGUAACAUUGGCGACCAAGGCGACUAUCUACCACCAGGGGCUUGUGGAAUGGAAGCCGCCUGCUAUAUACAAGUCUUCCUGUGAAAUAGAUGUGGAAUAUUUUCCUUUCGACGAGCAAACGUGCGUUCUUAAAUUUGGUAGCUGGACGUACGACGGAUUCAAGGUUGACCUGCGGCACAUGGAUGAACAAGCUGGCAGCAACGUUGUUUCAGUCGGGGUCGACCUCUCCGAGUUCUACAUGUCAGUUGAAUGGGAUAUUUUGGAAGUACCAGCAGUCAGGAACGAAAAAUUUUACACGUGUUGCGAUGAGCCGUACUUGGACAUCACUUUCAACAUCACGAUGCGCCGGAAAACAUUGUUUUACACCGUCAACAUUAUAAUUCCUUGUAUGGGAAUAUCUUUUCUAACCGUUCUAACAUUUUAUCUGCCGUCCGACAGCGGGGAAAAGGUAACAUUGUCUAUAUCGAUACUCAUCAGUCUACACGUGUUUUUCCUCUUGGUUGUCGAAAUUAUUCCUCCCACCUCCCUGGUUGUACCGCUGCUCGGAAAAUACCUAAUUUUCGCUAUGAUCCUAGUUUCGAUCAGUAUAUGCGUAACGGUGGUCGUUCUCAACGUCCACUUCAGGUCACCGCAGACACAUCGAAUGGCGCCUUGGGUGAAAAGAGUAUUCAUUCACAUUCUGCCCCGAUUGCUCUUUAUGAAACGACCCCAGUACAAGUUCGAUACAACGAGAUCUCGUUACACUGCAUGCGGUGUUGUGGUACGCUGCGGUGGGACAGCCAGACCCUUGUAUCCGUAUCGUCUGGCGGCAGCGGACGACGACUGCUGUGCGCCGGGCGCCUGGCCCCCUCCUGCCGCGCCCCCCCCUCGACCGCUCACUCGAACGCCUAGCAAAGAAGACUUGACACACACCACAUAUUUAAAUUCAGGAAUUGACAGCAAUAGACUGGGCGGUAGUUGCAUGCUACACGGCUCGAGCGAGGUGGUGGGCGGCGGAUUGGCCGGGGUGAGCGUGGAGGAGGAGAUUCUGAGUCCGGUGCCGGAUCCGCCGCCCGGCUUCAGUCACUCCGCUUGUCCGCCGGAGGUCCAUCGAACCUGUUUCUGUGUUCGAUUCAUCGCUGAGCACACGAAAAUGCUUGAAGAUUCUACUAAGGUGAAAGAAGAUUGGAAGUACGUGGCGAUGGUUCUUGACAGACUGUUUCUGUGGAUCUUUACACUGGCCGUACUGGUUGGUACGGCUGGGAUUAUUCUUCAGGCUCCUACACUGUACGAUGACCGAGUGCCCAUAGACAAGCAUUUUAAUCAGUACGCAACGUCCACCUUAGUACGGUGUCCACCUCCCGUAUAGUAGUCGAUAUAUAAAUCUCAACCUUCCUCGCUUUCGUAUUUUACAAAGAUACGUACAUUAAUAACAAUUUAAGUAUCUUUAAUCUGACCUUUGUUACUCAUGAAACACUUUUAUUGAUCUUAACUGUCUUUCCAAAUAAUGACAGCUACUUUUUUUCGUCCAAGUCACUUCAGUACCUAUAUAAAAUAUAAUACAUCCUUGUCUAUACCAAGCUUAAAAAAUAAACUGACUUAAAAUGUAUUUAGUUUGCGAUUUCAAUCAAAUCUAUUUAUCCUAAAACAGAAUAUCUUUUAUUACCCUAAAAAAAAAAAUUAAAUAAAAUGUAAUAAAAAUUUGAUUGUAAAACAUUAAAACAAGAGAAGUGUCUAAUUAAAACUUAAUACUUUUACAGUUUAAUCUCGCGUUUUUUAUUGUCAUUAUAUUGUUUCGGACUUUUCGAAUAUUUUAGUUUUCGUGAUCACGGCCGACCGUGAAACCGCGGGAAACCGCGAGUUUAAACCGUAAAAGUACUGCUAAUAUCUACGACUCAUGAAAACCGAAGAAAAUACUGCAAGUGCGGUUACAAAUAGUAUUAUCUCUUCAUUUGGUAAUCUAGACAUCGAAGUAUUAUUAAUUUUUAGAAUAUAUAAGUAAAUGAUUAGUCGCCUAGAUUUAAAUAUUCAUGAUAUUGCUCUUCUAUUGUUUAUAUCGUGAGUACUGCAUAAUGCUUGUUAACUAUUUACGUAGCCAUAUUCAUUUUGUGUCUCGAAUAAGGAGUAUUUUACACAGGAAGCGUUUCUUGAAUACGUACAGGCAAUAAUAUUAGCACAGAAUACUCUAAUAUAAUUAUUAAAUUAAUUAAAAUAACAAUAGUUACGUAAUAUAACCGACUACACUUUGUCGCCUCCGGAUCACCUCGUCAUAUGUACAAGGUACAAGACGUUCGAAUUCAUACCAUAGUUUCACGACAUACGAUUUUUUUUAAGGUAACAUUUAACAUUCCAAUAACAGGAUUAUGAUAUUAAGUUGCUCUGGUAGCAAAUCGUAUCGCCUACGUCUUUCGUGAAACGUCUUCUUGUGUUUACUUGCGGAUUCUCCACAAACAGCUGACGUGUAAAACUUGUGAUGGUCCUUUCCUAAAGUUAUUUAAAUAAGUAUGGAAUAAUCUAUUUUGUCGUCAUCGAAUAUAAUGUAAUCUGUUUUUUUUUUAAAUAACAAUUGAAUAUUAAGCAAUAAUUAGUUGAAUUCGUAAAAUACAUAAUCAAAUAAUUUCAUGCUCCAAAAACAAUAUUAACGAAUUUUUUCUAGUUGCUAAUCUUUUGCGUGCCAAAAUAAAAGUAAAAUUAGACGAUAGACAGAAAAAUUUUAAGAGUUGUUUAAUUAAUGUCUUCGUAAAUAAUAUUCUGAUUAUUUCUGUUUCCGUUGUCUUAAAAUUACUUCAAACUCGACUGUUGCUCAAUAUUAACCUAUUAAAUACGUUACAUAAACAUAUUUCAACAUCAAAAUAUUUGAAAUUAGCAAGAGCAAAUACUUUUUGGGAAAGCGAAGACAAAAUUUAAGUCAAAUAUAAAUUUAUUAAGAAAACUAAUAAUCUUAAUACUUUUAAAGGCAUCUUCAACGACACUUAUUGUGCCUGAUUCGGACUGGAAUUGAAAAUAAAAAUAACUCUAAAUGAAACCUCUUAACACUUUUAUAAAAUGUAUUUAUUGUACAGAAAUUAAAACAAAAUUUAAAGGGCUGGAUAAAAAUUGAGUUUAAAUAUGUUAAGAGAUACACCUUAAAUAAUAUUAUAAGGGACACACCAGUGAACAACUUUGGUGUGUAGAUAUAUCUACUAGUAUAAGACUAGUAUUCUAAACUGUUGAAGAUUCUAAGGUAGGUACUAGUAUAAUAUGCAAAAAAAAAUAGUAAGUAUCGGUGCAUAGUUAAGCAAAAUUGAAUUCUACGGUGAGAAACAUAAGUGGCAGAGCGCAUUGACUCGUCUUAGAGUAGCGAAGCUCAAUUGGUAGACGUGUAAGUUUGUAAUUAUGUAUUUACAUAAAAUAUUGUUAAUAAAACCGUUACAUAUACAUAGAUUUAAUUGUGUUUUAAUUAAUUAUCCCAUUAUUUUAAUAAGAACGAAUAACGCAACAUACUGUCUGCACUUUUAUCACAUUACUUUCCUUCCUGACUUGUACAUAUGUAUAAUGUAAUAUUUAUCUUAUUUACCAUAGCUUCCGAACGUGGAGUAGAUAGGAUUAGAUAUUGUAACCUUGCUUGCGCUUCAUAGAACUCUUAUUAUUUUGACGAAAUCGGGCAAUUCAUUCAUUUUUUUAUUGCAAUUGGGUGGAGAAGCUCUCGGCCCACUUAGAGUUAAGUGGUUACCGGAGUCCAUAGACAUCAAUAACGUAAAUUCUACCACCACUAUGAAAAAUAAGUCUCAUGUUUAUAGUACAACGGCUACCCCUCUUCAAAUCGAAACGCAUGAUUCCUUCACGGCCGAAAUAGACGGGGUGGUAGUACCUGCCCGUGCGGGCUCACAAGAUGUCCCUACCAUCAGUAGUGAUGAAAUCAGAUAUGUACCAUUUUCUACUACUAUUGUCAACCGAUUAAAUAUUUUUUCAAUAGCAAGCUAUCCGUUCGCAUCUUUGCUUGGUUUGAAUACUUUCUCUUAAAAUUUGUAAAAUUUGAAACGAAAACAGUUUUUUUUUCACACAGCCUCAUGAUAAUUCAGCCAUUUUCUUCAAAAUCUUUUUCUUCUCUUUCAACUAAUAAAAAAAGUUUCAAAAUCAGUUCUCAGGUUUAAAAAAAAUAAGCAAAGCAACAAAGCCAGACAGCGGCUUUUUUUAAAUUAUUUAGAGGCUAGGAAAAAGAUUGACGAACUUUAUUGUAUUUAUUAAACUAUUUUCCAAAUAUGUACCUAAGUUUUUUUAAAUUUUGGAAAUUCAAAAAUCUUGACUUUGCCGGUUAUUAUUCAUUAUGGCACAAUUCGAUCUUAGAGACAAUAUUAGUAUUCUUGAAUAGCUGGAAAAUCUGUGUUUUUUUUACAACAAUUUGA